UACCGACCUGUUUUGAUGGCAUCGGGACAAGUCCCAUCGGGAUGCUUUUCUAUUCUUUACUUUGCUGCAGCGUCCACCUUCACCUCAAAGGCAUCUGAGUUCCUGCCGGCCCCGCUUGACGCCCGGUCACUCUUUACGACGCUUGAAGAGAGAUACCCUGGCAUAACGGCGAAGGUGCUGAGCAGUUGUGCUGUGACGGUCAACCUAGAGUAUGUGGACAUGGAUGCAAAUGCGGAUGAUGGCGGAGACGUGUCGUGCGUGAUCAAGGAAGGCGACGAGGUGGCUAUCAUCCCUCCCGUGAGUUCUGGGUAAAUAUGGGGGCUUCUGCGUGGCGCUGGUUGGCAUGUAC